CAAUAUAUAAAUAUAUAUAUAUUAAAUUGAUAAAGGGAUGGUAAGAUAAAAGCAUAAAAAUAGUAUUACACAUCAAGUGGCGCAUGUGGAGUCCAUCCCUGUGGAAAUUGUUGAACCAAUACUACUCUAUAUGGCAUCAAAUAUUCAUUACUCUAUCUACCUCUAACACAUACCUACCUACUACCAAAACUCAAAAUCAUUCAAAACCUUUCAAACUUCAUAAUAAAAAUAGUUUAUAACAAUAUAUACUCUUCAACUUUCACUUACCAAAUUAACAAAAAUGGGGGAUUGGAUUCACACCUUGUUGAACAUUGCAGUUCCUCCCAUAAUCAUAUUUCUACAUUUUAUCAUCCUGCCAAUAUACAUUCCAUUCAAGUUUCUACAAUCUAUAAAAAGAUCCCUAACCAAUCAAGAAAACGUGGCUAAAAAAGUAGUUCUCAUUACUGGAGCAGCUCAAGGCAUUGGAGAGCAAAUUGCUUAUGAGUAUGGUAGAAGAGGAGCUUGUUUGGCCUUAGUUGACAUUAAAGACAAUCUUGAAGAAGUCAAAAGAAAAGCUCGUAAAUUAGGAUCUCCAGAUGUUAUAUCUAUUGUUGCUGAUGUUACCAAGGUGGAAGAUUGUAAGAGGUUCAUAGAUGAAACAGUUCAUCACUUUGGCCAAUUGGAUCAUCUGGUGAACAAUGCUGGGACAGUAAUACUGAGCAAGUUUGAAAAGAUUAGCCAGAUCUCUGAUCACCAAUCAGUUAUGGAUGUUAAUUUCUGGGGUACAGUGAACAGCAUUCACUAUGGAAUUCCACACUUGAAAAGAAGCAAAGGGAAGAUAGUAGUGAUUUCCUCAAUAUGUGGAAGGUACCCUCUUCCAUUAGUGUCCGUCUAUAAUGCAAGCAAGGCAGCACUAAUAAGCUUUUGUGAGACGCUUAGAAUUGAAGUUGGCUCAACUAUUGGCAUAACAGUUGUCACACCUGGCCUAAUUGGGACCAAAAUGACACGUGAACUACAGGGGUUAAAAUUGAGGUCAGUAAUCCCAGAAGAGUCAGCUGAGGAUUGUGGUAAAGCCAUAGUGAGAAGUGUGUGUAGAGGAGAGACUUAUUUGAUGGAGCCAAGGUGGUUGUGGUGGUUGUUUCCGAUGAAGAUGAUGUUUCCUGAACUCAUGGAUUGCUGCACUCGUUUUCUUCUCAAAUUAAUUCAACAAAACAAUAACAAGAAUAAUUGAAUUCACCACUCAAUUAUAUCCUCUCACCUGCCAAAUAAUAAAUGAUGAAUUUCAUAUCUUAUCUCUAUGUACUCAACAACUACUACAAAUCAAUGUUAUGAGCUCUUUUGGAUA